AGCAUGAUUAAUUGUGCAUCAGUUUGGAAAGAGGUCUUCGUUGAAAAUGUUGUCAACGGUGUACACGAUUUUUCUGCUAGCUAUUGCUAUAAUAUCCGUCCCGUUCCCAGACAUGUGCGCCUCGAGAAUCAACGUUUUGGACCUUCCACGUAUUGUACGUAAUGGGACCGGUCCCAUCGAUCUAUCUUGCGUCUACCAUGUUCGAUCGGAUGAGAACGGCCUCGUAGUGAAAUGGUACCAUAAUAUGGACCAAGUUUAUCAGUGGAUUCCACCAAUGCUGCCACAGGAUGUGGGCGUGAUAGACGGGUUCGCUGAAUAUCCUGGGAACAAUUUAAGACAUCCAACAUCGCAAUCUAUCAUUCACUUGAAGACGGUCACCGUCGACAUGAGCGGCGAGUACACUUGUUCGGUUAGCACCUUUCAGGAGGAGGAUUCGAAGAGAUCGCAGAUGAUCGUUUAUGCACCAGAGAAGAACGCGACGAUUCACGUAUCUUCUUUUAAUAAGACCCAUUUGAACUUGACAUGCGUGGUGAACGGAGCACAUCCGAGACCGAUCCUCAAGUUCUAUGUAGAAGGAGUGGAAGUACACAGCUACUACGACAGAACAGAGAAAAUAGAGUGGUACAGGAAGGAUCUAUCCGUGAAGCGGGUCGUGAUCAUCAGAAACACCUUCGAGCCGACCCUGUUGGACUGCGAGGUCUCCAUUCCUCACACGGAUUACAAGCGAAGAGAGAGGAUCGUUUACUAUCCCGCUGAAUCCUUGUCGCAAACAAGUACCGCCACGAGAAAUCAUCAAUCAACGUUUCCCAUCAGCAUUGUCUACACAUGUAUGGCAGUGACAUUAAUAACGCAUUAAAGAAACAAUGCUAAUAUUUA